AGAAAGAGGAAAUAACAUUUAAGAAACGCGUAUACCUCAAGGCUCAAGCCAUGUAAAGUCAAAAAGUAACUGCCGCAACUUCUGCGAAAUCCGAAGUUUGAUUAUUCGUAUAUUUAAAGACGGACCAUCUCUUGAUUAAGCUUCAUCCUUACAUUUUUUUCAAUCUCUUGUUCUUCUUUCAACCCCUAAUCUCUCUGUAUUUCUUAAGCAAAUCUAGUUUCUUCCAUCCAGUUCAUGUCGAUGAUGGCGGGUAUUCAAGGCCAGGUUCUCGAGGUCACUGUUGUUGGAUGCCAGAAACUAAAAGAUACGGAAUGGUUUUCGAGGCAAGAUCCAUACGUUGUACUCGAGUAUAGCAGCACAAGGCACCGUACCAGAACUUGCACAGAUGGUGGAAAGAACGCAGUGUUCCAAGAGAAGUUUAUGUUCACUUUGCUUGAAGGUCUUAGGGAUCUUAAGGUAGUUGUCUGGAAUAGCAAUACACUCUCCACUGAUGACUUCAUUGGGAAUGCUACGAUUAAAUUGCAGAAGGCUCUUUCUGAAGGAUAUGACGACUGUACCUGGACUCUGCAGGGUAAAAAUGGGAGAUAUGCAGGAGAAGUAAGACUCAUACUGCAUUAUGCAGCCGCAAAGAAACAAAAUUAUGGUUCUGCGCAAUUAGCACCACAUUAUGCGCCUCAAGUACCUCACUACUCAGCACCAUACUCUGGACCAUCUCUGUACCCACAAGUACAAUACUCUCAGCCACAAUCAGCUUACCCACCAGCUUCAGCUUAUCCUCCUCAGCCAUCUGCUUACCCUCCUCCUCCCUCAGCCUCCUCUUACCCUCCCGCUCCUUCGGCUUAUCCUCCUGGUCCUUCAGCUUACCCUCCUCCUCCUCCAUCCUCAACUUACCCUCCUCAACAAUCACCAUAUUAUCCACAAGGUCCCUAUCCAGGACAAUACCCACCUCCUCCGUACUGAAGCCCCGGCGUUUAGAGUCGACUGAAUUUUUUUUAUGAUGUAUAGAUGAUCCUAGUGAUGCUAUUUGUACUUUCUAGAGUUUGAUUUUUUAAUUUUUCUUUCUUUGUAUCUUCUCUGUGAUGUUGUUGUUGACCUUUGCAAAAUAUAGCGUAUCCGUUAGUUAUUUUGCCAUGGCCAGUGAAACUCAUUGAGAAGAUUUGAAUAUUUUUCAUAUUAUUAAGCGAGCUUGCAGAUUUUCUUGCUAAAUAAUUUAAUUAUUACCUUGAAACCU